AUGACAUAUUUCACACCCCUACGAUCAGAAAAGGCCCUAGGAUACGCUGGCACGUUUUUUGCUCGCAAACCAGUGCCUAGAUUCACCCAAGCCAGAGAGACUCUGUCGGCCACUGUUGACCGCUCUUGUGACGAUCCGUCGAACUCAUUAAAGGCUAUCAAUGAUGCUCGUGGGAAAGAAUAUUGCCGAAUCUCCGUGCUAGAGAAACCCUGUUGUAGCUACCAAUCUUAA